CUUCCCGACCCUGCUGCGCCCGAAAGAAAAAAAGAAAGGGGAACCCGGCACCAGCCUUUGAGAAACCGGUGAGAUAAGCUUGGUUUUGGCCUUCUUUUCUUGUUCUAGGACUGAAAUUGGAACCCAGAAAUUCUCCCCCCUGCUGGAAAAUCCGGAUCUGCUCUGUUCUUCCUUCCUCACCGCCGGCUGCUCCUGCUUUGUGGGGGCGAAUUGCUUUGAUUUUGGGUAAGAAGCAGCUACCAAUCCCUCUGUUCUUGCUUGAAUUAACUUGGGUCUACCUUAAUUGCUCUUGGGUUCCUUUAAUUUUGGGGCAAAACCCGUGAGUUCCCUGCAGGAUUUCUUCUUCCAUGCCGUCGACUCUUCCCCAACUGCAGCUCCGGUUUUAGCUGGAGAAUUCUGGUUCUUGAUCCUUGGGGUGCUUUAGUACGUGAAUUGAGAGUUUGGUUUUAUGUGAGUGAGGUAAGUAAAUUUAUGGUAAUGCCCGUACUGUUUUUAAAAGCAUGUUUUGAUUUGUUUUUGAAGUGAUGGUGGGACUAAACCCGUUUUACACAAGUAUGACUGAUUUGAAGUGAAAUUUUAUGCUUUUCAUUAAAUUGAGCAUGCCUACUUGGAAUUUAAUUGAUUGUCCUGAUGAUCUGAAAGUGAUUGGUGAAUUAUGUUUUUCUGUUAACUUCAGCCUGUUUUGUCUCCGAUGUGGUCAUGUUUCUGUAAUCCUACUAGUGGGGGUUAAACGCUAGCACAUGUCGGCACAUGUCGAUAUGUUAUUAAUAGAACUGGUUCGUUUCUGUAACCCUGCUAGUGGGGGUUAUACACUAGUAAUUUCUGUAGCCUGCUAGUGAGAGGUUUAUGACACUGGCCGUGACCUAUAGAGGAGACGUCUAUUUCAUUCCCGUAUUGUAUCCGUUUUUCGUGACUGUACUUGUUGGCAUGCUAUAAGUUUAAUAAGGGCACUCCAUAUUUUACUUACGAGUUUAUCUCAUAGUUUUUUCUUGUCCACCAUUUCAGGAACCGAAACCGAGGACGGGAAAAUCACAGGAAGUGACGAGUUAGAAGACUAGCCAUUGUAAUUGGAUAUGAAAUUUUAGAGAUAAAUCAUAAUCUUGUAAGCUAGAGUGUAUUUGGAGAUUUAUGAUAUUAGAGUGAAUUAUAAAAUUUGAUCUUCAGA